AUGCGACUGCGGAAGACUGCAGUCCGCGCGCUCUACAACUGCAUGCGCCUCCACCCCUCUUGCCCUUCGCGCGUCCGCGUUGCUCUCUCCCUCCGUCUCUUCCUCCGCUCUCCCCUCUGCCCCUCCCUCUCCUCCCUGUGGAUGAACGACAGGCUCCAACGUCACAGCGCCCACGCGCCGCUCCACCCGCCGGGUCAGCGCCCCCCCCGCUCACCAGGCAGCGCCGCGCGCUCUGCUGGCCGCGUGGACAGCACCGGCGAGCAUGCUGCACGCGGAGCAGCCCAUGCCUUUCCCCCUUGCCCAUGCCUUUCCCCAUUGCCGGUCCCUUUCCCCCUUUGCCCAUGCCUAUCCGCCUUGCCCAUUCCUUUCCGCCUUGCCCAUGCCGUUCCCCCUUGUCCAUGCCUUUCCCCCUUGCCCGUCCCUUUCCCCCUUGCCCAUGCCUUUCCCCCUUGCCCAUGCCUUUCCCCCUUGCCCAUGCCUUUCCGCCUUGCCCGUCCCUUUCCCCCUUUGCCCAUGCCUAUCCGCCUUGCCCAUGCCUAUCCGCCUUGCCCAUGCCUAUCCCCCUUGCCCAUGCCUUUCCCCCUAGCCCAUGCCUUUCCCCCUUGCCCAUGCCUUUCCCCCCUUGCCCAUGCCUUUCCCCAAUGCCCGUCCCUUUCCCCCUUGCCCAUGCCUUUCCCCCUUGCCCAUGCCUUUCCGCCUUGCCCAUGCCUUUCCGCCUUGCCCAUGCCUUUCCCCCUUGCCCAUGCCUUUCCCCCUUGCCCAUGCCUAUCCGCCUUGCCCAUGCCUAUCCGCCUUGCCCAUGCCUAUCCGCCUUGCCCAUGCCUAUCCCCCUUGCCCAUGCCUAUCCCCCUUGCCCAUGCCUUUCCCCCUAGCCCAUGCCUUUCCCCCUUGCCCAUGCCUUUCCCCCUUGCCCAUGCCUUUCCCCCUUGCCCAUGCCUUUCCGCCUUGCCCCCCAUGCCUUUCCCCCUUGCCCAUGCCUUUCCCCCCUUGCCCAUGCCUUUCCCCAUUGCCCGUCCCUUUCCCCCUUUGCCCAUGCCUAUCCGCCUUGCCCAUUCCUUUCCCCCUUGCCCAUGCCUUUCCCCCUUGCCCAUGCCUUUCCCCAAUGCCCGUCCCUUUCCCCCUUGCCCAUGCCUUUCCCCCUUGCCCAUGCCUUUCCGCCUUGCCCAUGCCUUUCCGCCUUGCCCAUGCCUUUCCCCCUUGCCCAUGCCUUUCCCCCUUGCCCAUGCCUAUCCGCCUUGCCCAUGCCUAUCCGCCUUGCCCAUGCCUAUCCGCCUUGCCCAUGCCUAUCCCCCUUGCCCAUGCCUAUCCCCCUUGCCCAUGCCUUUCCCCCUAGCCCAUGCCUUUCCCCCUUGCCCAUGCCUUUCCCCCUUGCCCAUGCCUUUCCCCCUUGCCCAUGCCUUUCCCCCUUGCCCAUGCCUAUCCCCUUUGCCCAUGCCUUUCCCCCUAGCCCAUGCCUUUCCCCCUAGCCCAUGCCUUUCCCCCUUGCCCAUGCCUUUCCCCCCUUGCCCAUGCCUUUCCCCAUUGCCCGUCCCUUUCCCCCUUUGCCCAUGCCUAUCCGCCUUGCCCAUGCCUUUCCCCCCUUGCCCAUGCCUAUCCCCCUUGCCCAUGCCUAUCCCCCUUGCCCAUGCCUAUCCCCCUUGCCCAUGCCUUUCCCCCUUGCCCAUGCCUUUCCCCCUUGCCCAUGCCUUUCCCCCUUGCCCAUGCCUUUCCGCCUUGCCCAUGCCUUUCCCCCAUUGCUCACCUCCUCCCCUCCCCUCCCUCUUCCUCCCCAGCCGUCCCAUGCGCUUUGCCGUGUUUGGGCUGGGCAAUCAGCAGUACGAGCACUUCAACCUGAUGGGCAACAUGCUUGACACGCGCCUCGCUGCUCUAGGCCCUGUUGACGGCAUUGUUUCGGUGCAUGCGUUCGCCUCAUAG